UUCCAGCGCGAGAUUCCGUCGAUCGCGACGCGUGUCCGGAUCCGCCGAGGAAAGUGCGAGACAGUGUAAUCCAUCGGUUUCCUGAAGAAUUUCCGGAGCGACCAUCCGUGGAAUAUACAGUGUGUUUGCGGAUUAGUCAGGUAUCUCGAGGAAAUGGGACUGGUAGAACGAGAAGCCGAGAUGCAAGAACUGAACGCUCCCAGGCCCGGAAGAUCAAGAGACCUCUUUGGCGUUCAAUUGGAGGUCACUUCGUUACUCUUGGAAGGAGAGCGCCGCAAAUUGGCAGUCUUGCAAAGGGAAUUGCAAGUAGCCCUCGAGGAAGGCGGAAGCGUAAAGGUGAAGGAAAAACAGCGACAGGAAUUACUUCACGCUAUAUCGAAGAUCCAAGGGCAACACGAGCAACUCGACAAGGAGUACAGAAUUCACGCUGCUGGUAUUCUCUUAUGCAACUCAAGGGGCUCCGGAAAGGAUUUGGACGCUUGUAAACAUACGUCUUGACGUGUUGCUUCGGUAAGCAGCCCGGGGCAGAAUUUCCAAGUUGUACUCGAGAGUCAACGUGGAGGUCCGGUUCUACGUCAGUGUCUACGUUACAAUUACAUUGCACCUACGGUCGCGCUAUGUGAUACGUGUUUACGAUUCAGCAUCGGAUAGCAUUGUGAUGGG